AUGACUUCUGAUGCAAUUAAAGAUGGUGCACGUCAGUUUGUCGCAGGCGGAGCGGCAGGUUUGGUGGAAGUUUCCUUUAUGCAUCCUCUGGAUUUAAUCAAAACACGAUUACAAGUUGGUCAUUAUGACAAGGGAAUGUUGGACUGUGUAGGAAAAACCUUCAAGAAUGAGGGUUUCUUGGGGUUUUACAAGGGAAUACUUCCACCAAUUCUUGCGGAAACACCAAAACGUGCUACAAAAUUCUUCACAUUUGAGCAGUAUAGGAAGAUAUUUUCUAGUCCCGAUAUCUCUCCAGCAAUUUCAUUGUCAAUGGCCGGACUAUUUUGUGGAUUCACAGAAGCUGUUGUGAUAAAUCCUUUUGAAGUUGUUAAAGUAAGACUACAAGCUGAACGGGGAGUUUCAUUAAUGGAGCAAAAAUCUUCUGCUACGAUGGUACGUGAAAUUGUAAAGUCAGAUGGUAUAGGUACAAAUGGGUUAUAUAAAGGUAUAACGGCCACACUUGGCCGUCAUGGCGUGUGGAAUAUGAUCUAUUUCGGAUUGUACCAUAAUAUGAAGAACAGGGUUCCCAAUGAAAAGGAAAACCCCACUCACAAUCUAGUAGGUCGCAUAUUUCUUGGAUUUACGGCUGGGUCAUUAGCUUCAAUUGGCAAUAUUCCGUUCGACGUGGCUAAGUCCCGAAUUCAAGGUGAGAAACAGUAUAAGCAACAUUUUAAGGAAAAUUAUAACGCGUUUCUUUCUUAG